UUUCUCAACGUGAAGAUAAGAGGUCCAGUCGUAUCGUAGAUCUACUAUUACUAACUCACGAGAUGAUUGUACAUUCAUGCAACUAACUGUUACUUUCUUGAUUUUGAAGUGUUUCACGCCAAAGCAACCAUCAGACAACUAAAGAUGUCACAACUUUCUAAACACUAUCCAUCCAGUCAGGUGAUAGCUCAGAUACUAGUAUGCGAACUUUACUUUCCAUAGCACUACGACCAGAGCUGCAGCAUAACGUUAGAAAUAUUUGGAUUGUGUGUCGUAUGCGGACAACGGUUUGAAAUCUGGUCAUUGGCAUUUGCGCUUCCCCUGCUCCAGCCUUAUCUGCUGGUAGCAGAGUCCAGUCAGGAUCGAAACUGGGAGUUUUUGUUAGCUGUCAAGUUUGUGGUGUAUCUUGUAGGCUAGACCAAUGAUGGAUCGUGAGACAGCUGCCAAACAAGGUCUCCCAGCCCCGCUAAGCACUCCAAGGAGUAGUCCAGUCAAGCAAAUGGCUGUUGCAGUCCCCAAUCGUGAAUGGUUACCGCUGCACUCAGCCAGAUUCCUACAGCUAAUGAAAUCACUGGCUAUGGUCUAUGUGAUGGCUUACCUCAUCACACAGCGACAUCAGUGGCAGAGCAUGAUCAGAGACAAGAGCAAAUGCGACUGCAUACUGGAUGGGUCCACAGUUGGUAGAGAAGAAGGACAACAUGACCAGUUGGACUGCACACCCAGGCGUUUUGACAGCCAAACAGCUAAGACAUGUUUGCGCAAUUCAAAAAUUCUCUUUAUCGGUGAUUCUCGGAUCAAUUUGCUCAAGAAUAGGUUUAUUGAGUUACUGCACCCGUAUCCUAAACCAGAAGACAAGAAACUGCACGCUAGGCAUCGCAGACACAUACAUAACCUGAACACGACAACAAUUAUCAAGGAUGCUGCGAUACAAAUGGAGUUCGUUUGGGACGUCUUCAUCGGCGAGUCAUGGCUGGCCUUGUUCAGGUAUUUGCGAUCAAAUCCGUUGGACAGCGCGGACUUGAUUGUGGCUGGGGCAGCAUUGUGGACAAUGCGAAGGGAUCCAUCACUUGAGGAACUAAACCGAUAUGAAGCCAACACGGAAUCUGUGCUUCAAUUGCUGUCAUUACUGGUGCGAGAAUCGGACACAAAUUUGGUGUGGUUAAAGCAAGCAUUUGUCAACGAAUCACUGCUUAUACCAAGAAGAAAGAACAUCACCAACCUCCUUAUCCGAAAGUACAAUGACGCUGUCGAUAUAAAUUGGCAGCGUUUCAGGACUCCGGGCAUGUUUCUCUUCAGUCCCGGUCAUGUGCCGUUGAUUCCAGAUGGCUUGCACUACACUGAUGAUGCCAAUGACGAAACCGUCCAAGCCAUCCUGAACGUCCAUUGUAACUCACAACUACCGGUUACUGACAGGAAGACCUGUUGCCAAGGGUUACUGCACUCAAUCACUGCUCCACAGGUUGUGCUACUGGUUAUGUUUGUAUGCAGUGCCAUCAUAUCGUUCUGGGGACUCUGGUGCAGGCAUACAUGUAGCUGGUCACGUUCUCUUCUCGGUUCACCGAGUCAAAGCUCUAUCCGUGAUACAGGUCAACAGCACGCUGCAUCACCUGUUGUGAUGAUCUGUCAGUGCAUCACAUUGCUUGGAAUAGUGCUUCUCUACACCUACUUAGCUGACAGGACACCAGUAUUCACGAAAGAGGAGAAACAUUUCAACUGGACAUCAUUUGCUGUUCCUUUGGCAAUUUUGGGAAUUCUUGGCUUUGUGACGUACCAACCAGUCAAAGAUGCUUCUGUUCUAAACCGUCAGCAAACAUGUGAAACACGAGGAUGGAUGCAGCUAGUACUGCUAGUGUAUCAUUACACAGGUGGUAGCAGGGUUCUUGGUCUGUACUAUGUAGUUCGACUGAUUGUCGCAAUGUACAUCUUCCUAAGCGCCUAUGGACAUUACACGUAUGGUUUGAAGCGUGGAGCAAGCAGUUGGUCUCGUGUAGCUGAGGUCCUGUUCCGUCUAAAUCUCUACACCGUUCUACUGUGCUUGACUAUGGAUGUACCGUAUCUUCACUACUAUUUUGUACCACUGAUCUCAGCAUGUUACUUACUAGUACUACUGGUUGCUGCCAUACCUCCAGUUGCAUGGGAUCUGAACAAGUCACCAUGGAUGCAGGUACUCAAGGCAAGCUGUUUCGCUAUCGUUUUCGCCUUGUAUCGGAUGCAACCUGAUAUGUUCAACUGGAUAUUUUCCUUCCCACCGCUCUCCCAACUCUUCCUGGAUGAUGACAACUCCCUACACGAGUGGACAUUUCGUUUUGGACUAGACAUCCUGGCUGUGCCAUCGGGUAUCCUGUGUGCCGUAAUGCUACAUCGAUUCCCACAAAUCAAUGGGUGGAUAUGUUCAAGGAGUAUUGGUAAUAACUUGAUGACAAUACUUUCAGCCAUGACAUUGGUAGUGUACUGUGGAAUGAUGGCAACAAACUGUACUAGUAAACCAGAGUGUAAUCUUCUACAUACCUACCUAUCACCAAUCAUGCUCGUAGGAUUUGUUCUGGUGCGUAACACUUGGGAACCACUACGCCACCAUUACAGUCAGUUCUUUGACUGGGUGGGAAUCUACUCGUUGGAGCUUUUCAUCGCCCAGUAUCACAUCCUGCUGGCUAAUGAUACACGUAGUCUACUUGUCCUGGUCGAGGGUAAUCCAAUUCUCAACAUCUGCAUCGUCACAACCAUCUUUGUACUGGUAUCACACACUGUAGCUGAGUGUACACACAUGCUGGUCAACGUCAUGAAAGGCCUCGCAUCUGAGAAUGAGAAUGAUUAGCUCUGAACAUAUGCAAUACAAUUAUUCUAGUACAGUGUACUGGAAGAGGAUGUUUAAUUUAUUUAACUAACAAAAUUAACGAAGGGCGAAGGCAUUUACAUCAAUCACCACACCACAACUGCGCUCUCCGGCUAACCUUCUUGAAGGGCGAAUGGGGAGUAAUUGAUAAUCGCAGGAAAGAACUCAUGCAUCCAUGCAAGGUCACACCUCCAGUCAAGAACGCCUCGCAUAAGAUGCCGAUCGAACUUUUUCGUUCUCUUCUCUUUUUUUCUUUUUUAAAAAAAUAUUUUGAGUCCUACCCCAGUUACCCAAAUUCUUCAAUUAUCCAAAUCAACAAGUCGCUCUGCUUUGUACAUCAAGCCGUAUGCAAUAAUAUGACGGUGUGAAUUUUCGAUACCUCCUUUGUCUUUUUAUUAAGAGUUCAUCAACCUGUGGGUUACUACUGAC